AUGGUGGCGUUGCGCGCGCCGGCGCCGCGCGGGGCGCAGCCCGCGGCGGUGCGUCCUGCGCGGCGCGUCGCUUGUCGGCGAAUGGUCGCGGCGGCGGUCGCGCGGCCGCUGGAGGCGGCGCCCCGGCGGCCGCACGUCGUUGUGGCCGGGGGCGGCAUCGGGGGGCUCAUGUCCGCGCUCGCCCUGGCGCGCCGCGGGCUCUCCGUGGAGGUGAUGGAGAAGGUGCAGGAGUACAAGCCGUUCGGGGGCCCCAUUCAGCUGCAAUGCAACGCCCUCGCGACGCUGGAAACCAUAGAUCCAGGUCUGGCUGCCAAGGUCAUCGAGCAGGGCACCGUGACGGGGGACCGCCUGAACGGCCUGCUUGACGGGGUCAACGGGGAGUGGUACCUCAAGUUCGACACGCGCGCCCCGUGCCGGAAAAACGGCCUGCCGCUCGCUAUCGUCAUUUCGAGGUACGCGCUCCUCGACCUCCUGCGGCAGGCCGUGGAGGACGCGGGCGUGACGGUGCGCACCGGCGCGACGGUCGUGUCGUACGAGGAGUCCCGGGAGCGCACGGCGGGCGGCGCGCCGGCCCCGCUCGAGGCCGUCCUGGAGUGCGGGGAGCGAGUGGCGUGCGACGUGCUGGUGGGCGCGGACGGCAUCCGGUCCCGCGUCCGCGCGCACAUGCGCGGCGGCGAGGACCCCGAGAAGCCGUUCAAGUACGCGGGGUACGCGGUCUACACCGCGGUGUGCGACUACACGGCCAUCCACACGGACACGGACCAGGUCGGGUACCAGGUCUUCCUGGGCGCCAACCAGUACUUCGUGUCCUCGGACGUGGGCAACGGGCAGCAGCAGUACUACGCGUUCCUCAAGGUCCCGGACGGCGCCAGCGACAGGUGGGCGCGGUGCGAGGAGUGGGACAACUACCGCGACAUGCUGAUCGACCGCUUCCAGGGGUGGUCGCCGGCGGUGCUCGAGCGGCUGCACUGCACGCGGCCGGAGGACGUGGAGCGGCGGGACGUGAACGACCUCGCGCCGGACCCGCGGUGGGUGGACGGGCGCGUCGCGCUGCUCGGCGACGCGUGCCACGCGGUGCAGCCCAACCUGGGUCAGGGGGGGGGUCAGGCCAUCGAGUCGUCCUUCGCGCUCGCGGACGAGCUCGCGCUGCUCCCGACGGACCGCGCGUGGACCGAGGCCGAGGUCCGCGACGCGCUCAACCGCUACGCCGGCCGCCGCUUCCUCCGCGCCGCCGCCGUGCACGGCCUCUCGCGCAUGGCCUCGGCCAUGAACAACGUCUACCGCUCGCACCUCGGCGCCGACCCGUACGAGUGGUACCCGGAGCCCGUCCGCAAGUUCUUCACCUGGCUUGGGCAGUACAACAUCCCGCACCCGGGCCGCUGCGUCGGGCAGGUCAUGAUGAUGCUCACCAUGCCCAUGAUCCUGGAGUACGUCGGGUCCGGCAUGGGCCUCCCGGACUGGCUCGGCGGCGCCUCCGUCGGGCAGCGCGUGCCCUACUGCCAGGUGCCCGGCGUCGGCGCGCCCAAGCGGAACCGGCUGCGGGAGGAGAGCUUCGCCAUGCGCGGCCUGCCGGGGUUCGCCGACUGA